AUGGCCAUCCAUCUGUAUCUUCUGUUUACGGCCAUCGUUCUGGCCCUCGGAUGCAGCUGGUGGCGAAUUCGGGCCAGGAGGGCUUUUGCCAAGAACAUUCCGGUUAACAUCAACGAUAUCAUGUUCAUGGGGAUGGACAUGACGAUGUUCUUCCGGGAUGCGGUUGGGCGAUUUGAUUACUAUAACAAAAUGUUCCUGAAACAUGAGCGAAUGUUUGUGGCCAUGGCUGGACCACUGUUUCAUUUGGCUCUCAGUCAUCCGGAUUUAAUUCAGAAGGUGUUGAGCCAUCCCAAGUGUCUGGAUAAGCCGUAUCUGUACGAUUUUGUGGAGUUCGAGUUGGGGCUUUUUAGUGCGAGAUAUCACCAAUGGAAGCGGGUCCGGAAGGCAGCCAACCCCACAUUCAACCUCCGAAUCCUGCACAGUUUCAUUCCGCUUUUCGAUACUUGCUGCAAACGGAUGAUCAAACGCCUCAAACAAAAUGAAGAUGGAGCCACCAUCGAUCUGUUCAAGUACACCUUGCGAGCAAGUGCUGAAAUGGUUUGUGUAACAACGAUGGGCGGAGACGUUCUGCAGCACAAGGAUUUGGACGAGCUGAUCCAUUAUACCGAUGUGGCCAUGGAUCUGGUGAGCGCGAGAUUUUUGAACCUACAUCACCAUUUUGACAUUGUUUACAUGCUGUCCUCGAACUACUGGAAAGAAAAGGCUUGCCGGAAACGGAUUGUUGAACUAUCCGUGCAGAUCAUGAAAGAUCAUCGAGCAAAAAUGCAAAGGGAAACCGCCAGUGGCUCAACCGCCAUCAACAAUGUCGACUCGGAAACGGAUGAACCACUGCGAAAGCCGGUCAUCUUCAUUGAUCAGUUUUUGUCGGAAUCAUCCAAGAUGGAACCAUUUUCUGAGGAGGAAAUCGUCCACAAUGUGGCCACCUUGUUGGCAGCUGGUAGUGACACAUCCGGAAACGUAACAGCACACGCUGCUCUUUUCCUGGCUAUAUACCCAGAAAUUCAGGAAAAAGUGUUCCAAGAAAUCAACGAAAUCUGUCCGGACGAAAGCGUUGAGAUUACCCCAGAAUUGCUGAAAAAACUAACUUACACGGAGAUGUUCCUCAAGGAAACGCUUCGUCACUGUCCAGUGGGACCAAACAUCGGGCGCAAAAAUCUUGUGGACAUUGAACUUGAUGGAAUUAUUGUCCCUGCUGGAACAACUUUCCUCGUCUCGCUGCAUGCGCUCCACAGGCAAAAGGCAUUCUGGGGACCGGAUCCGGAAAAGUUUGAUCCGGAUAACUUCUUGCCCGAACGAGUGAAGGAUCGCAAUCCGUACGCCUUUCUACCGUUUAGUAUUGGAGCAAGGAAUUGUAUCGGUGAACGGUACGGCAUGAUCAGUAUGAAGAUAAUGUUCAUCUAUAUUGUGAGGAACUUCAAGCUGCACACUAAGCUGAAACACGAGGAGUUGAAAUACAAAUUCGACAUAACCUUAAAGCUUAAUUUUCCACAUGCCGUUCAACAAGAGCGAAGAGAGAAAUUAAUUGAUCUUUCGACAUGA